UCUACACAAAAUGACAACGCGACUCAAAAACGUCCAAAAAUUUAGAUUAGUCUGACCAAUAUUUUAAGAGCUGAAAGAUGUUAAAAUUUUGUCGGCGUAUCCUGUAUUCAUGGACGUUUAUAACACCAUCACAUAACAAUGUUAUAAAAAGAUACCUUAUUAGCCCAGGUCCAUUAGGCCUUGUUCAAUUUGAUGAAGAUCGAAGGCUUUGUAGAAAGAAAAUUUAUCACAUGAAAGAUCAGUUUUUGAGAAAUUUGGGUGAAAAACUUGGUGAUGGGGAGUAUAUAUUCAAAGAAGACGUAGCAGCACUUUUGUAUUUGACAGAUAAAAAUGAUGAUUUUGAUUUCGUUUCAGAAGUUAUACGAAGGUAUCAAAAGCUUGUGAAGAAGAAAACAUUCAUUAAGGAGUAUCCGGUUGGAGCUGUGGUGCUGCAAAUGUUAUAUAUUAAUGAAAGGGAGGAUCUUGCAUUUAAAAUGUUUUUACAUGAAGAGAAAAGUAUUAAUUCAUUGUAUAGACACCGUGAAUGUUUCAUGAUAAUGAUGGACAUGCUGUAUGAAAAAGAACAAUUUGAAGAUAUCAUCUCAUUGAUUUACACAUGUGAAAACUACAUUGGAAAAAUGCCUGAGAUAGUUAAUAUAGUGCUGGCUUCCUUCUACAGGAUGAAUUCAAAGGAAUCUUUGCAGCAGAUGUUGAAUUAUCUAAAUGAGUUGACAAACGACCCUUGGCAGUUGUCAAACAGAUGUGCCAUGUUAUGUUGUAUGUUAGCUUACAAGCAGGGAGAAAUAGAAUUAAGUUUAGAAAUGAUACAGUUGCCGAUCUUUGAAGUCAAUCGGAAAAAAUUAGUCUCUCCUAUUGAUAAUAUAAAGAUACUUGCCUACAUUGAAUUAGGGAGGGUUGAAGAUGCUGUAGAAAUUCUGAAGGAUGCAAUGAUCAAUUACCCACAACCUGCCAAUCUUUUCUUUGAUGAUGUUUUAACAGUUUUGGAGACAGCAGUUCAUGAACUGGGUGAUAAAGAGUUCGAAGCAACAUACCAAGAAAUUUCAUCUUCUUUAAGAGGAUCUGGAUUUGUUUUUCCAUCACUCCUAGAACAUUACAUACUUCGGCCAAUCAGUUUUAAAGAAUUUAGUAGAUUAUGUGGUGCUAACAAUAUUUAUAUGAAACACUAUAGGCAAUCUAAAGAGCGGAGUUACACAGACUUAACCUGAUGUUGUUAUCUUUGCAUGCUUUAAUAACUUGAUAAAAUGUUAUAUUUUAAGCUUUAUUGACAGCUGAAAGUAUUGAACAUCAUGGAAAAAGUGUCCACAAGCCAUGCACAUUUUGUAAUUUUGUGCAUCUAGCUCUUGUUAGCUCAUAAAAAACAAAGAUUCGGGGUGAGCUAUAUAUUAGGGGAGAUGCUUUGUGGUUUGUU